CAUUUGCAACCUCAAGUGAAGAAGACGACGACGAAGAAGAAGAAGGCUGCAGCGGGGGUUUGGAAACUGUUGCUUGACGUGAAAACACGACUAAAAAAAGUUUAUCCAACGUUUUUUUUUUCCCAUCUGUGAAGGCGCACAGAAGUCAUUGCCUCACUGAAAAACUGACAUUCCCCGGCGACCAGUCACUGUCUGACUGUGCUUUGCGAUUGGCUCAGGAGCGAAGGAGACUUUGGAGGACGAAUUGGGCUGCCAGCUGCUGUUUGAUGGCAGCUCCAAGCUUACAGCAUCCUGGCUUUCUCCUGGCCAACCUUAAAGUGGACUCACCCAACAAAACUUUGGCUCAGCGAUGCCAGGAUCUCACCAAGAUAAUCGAAGACUAUCACGCAAAGGAGCUGCACGCCAUCUUCUCGUGGUUAGUGGAGAGCGUCUUCGGAAGCCUGGACGGCAUCCUGGGAGGAUGGAACCUUCGCCUUCUCCAUUCGCGAUGCAGCGACUUUGCACUGGUCGUGGACUUCCUGAAGCCCAGUGGGUCCAUGAUGAAACUGGUUUACAAACUUCAAGCAGAAGAGUACAAAUAUGAAGUGCCUGUCAAUUAUCUGCCGGCGCCGGUGAAGACGUCCAUCCAGGAAGGCGUCCUUCCCGACUGUCCGCUCUUUCACAACCGGCCUCACUUUCCCAUGUCUGGCAUGCUGACUCUCAACAUGGCACUGAAUCCUUUUGAGUUCUUCAUGUUCUACUUUGCCUCCUGUCUCAUUACGCCAAAGAGCUUGCCUGUGGGCCAACACGGCGGCAGCACUGACAGCGCCUACUUCGUGCUGGUGGACAUGUACCUCAAGUACUUCCUGCCUACCGAAGGAAGUGUGCCCCCGUCCCCGUUUUCUGACAACAGGGGCUCCGUCAGCGCACCUACUCCAAGGUCGUCCAACAUCUCAUUGGCAGGUUACGGCCUCCACAGUCCCAGUCUGCUGAAGCAUCACAUCUUUCAUCAGCCGUCCGUCAACGCCGACCCCGCCGCCCAGGAAAUCUGGAGGUCCGAAACGCUGCUGCAGAUGUUUGUGGAGGUGUGGCUGCAUCACUACUCUUUAGAGAUGUACCAGAAACUACAGUCUCCUCAGGUGAAGCUGGCGCUGCUCCAGUACCGCCUCAGUAUGUCCAGCAUGCCGUGCCAACCACACAUCCCACCAGGCUCAGGGACCCUCCACACCUACCAAGAACCGUUCAGCCCGAGCGAGGAGCACGUCUUGGCCGUGCGUCUGCUGGUCAAACAUCUGCAUGCCUUCUCCAGCAGCCUGAAGCCGCAACAGGCGUCAGUUUCCCCCACCCACUCGCACACCCACGCCAGCCCACUGGAGGAGUUUAAGAGAGUUGUGCUGCAGCGCUUCGUGCAGCAGAAGCUGUUCUUGUUCCUGCAGCACUGCUUCGGCCACUGGCCUCUGGACGCCUCCUUCCGAGCGGUGCUGGAGACGUGGCUGAGCUUCAUCCAACCGUGGAGGUACGCCGACGACAAGACGGCCCACAUGCAGGUCGACGGCGGCAGCGGCAGAAGCGACCCUGAGAGAUGGGAGUCGUUUGUUCAGGAGAACCUGCUGGUUUACACCAAGCUCUUCCAAGUGUUCCUCAACAGAGCCGUGCGCAUGGACCUGGUCAACGCCAAGAACGCACUGAUGCUCUUCCGGGUGGCCAAAGUCUUCUCUCAGCCCCACCUCGCAGACAUGAUCCACAAGGCCGAACAGCUGUUCCUGGAGCCGGAGCUGGUCCCCCAUCACCGGCAGCAGCGAGGCUACCUGACGCCCGGUCAGGGAGGCAGCUUCCUGUCGUCACGGCAACGCACAGCCACAGAUGCCGUGUUCCGGGUCAAGAGUCACGUGUACGCCUUGGAAGGACAGGACUGCCAGUACAAGCAGAUGUUUGGCUCCGAGCUGCGGGCUGUGGUGGUGAAAUUGAUCCAGGUGGUAGCACAAGCCAGACAGACGGCCAAACGGAUUUCGGACCGCUCCAGCCAAGCGGCGGCCAGCAAGUCUUUCCUGUCCUGGUUGACGGCGCCUUCCUCGGAUUCCAACAACGGGCUUUGCGGCGUCGAGUCGGACGACAGCACAGAAUGUCUGAGGAAGACUCACGAGUUCCUGGACAGAGCGCUGGAGAACUUGUGCACCAUCUUCAAGCUCAACCAGGGUCAGUUGACUCAGCUCAUGGCCAACGUGACGUCCUCUCAGGAUGACGGCGAGUCGAAGCAGCUGCCCGAUUGCGUCGUGGGAGAGCGCGGCCUAGUCCUCACCGACUUGGGAAGGAUACAGAUUAUCAACGGACUGCGGAGGUUCGACAUUCAGUACCAAGGAGACCCGGAGCUGCAGCCAAUCAGGAGCUACGAGAACGCACUGCUGGUCAGGUUCCUGUACCGGAUGUCGUCGCUGCUCAACGACCAAUUUGAAAGCCACUUGACCCAGCUGUGCUCGCGGACGGAUUUCGCCGGUCGACUGGGUCGUCACUACCUGACAGGUCCCGAUCCCGACAUGGUCCUGGCGAGGAGUCCUGCGUCCCCUCAGUUCCGGGACUGGAAGCGGCGACCUCGUGUCAGCUUGCGUCCGCUGGCCAGCUACAGGACCAUCCUGCUUCUUGUCUUAAGCUAUGCUGCGGGCGCCGUCUUGUCCUUCGGCCCAGUGUCCAGCACCUUACUCAUCCUCGCUGCCGUAUUCCUCCACGGAGUGGCCGCGAUGCUGUGUGCGGAUAAAUGGAAGACGCACUAGCAUGAAUGGCGCAGAACUUUGUAUAGGCAUGGGAGUCCAGCGGCAGCUCAUGUCAAAGGUCAACAAUUUUCAUCGCAAAACACUCAAUUAAAGUGCUUGGUUUUCAA